GUUGCGUUGCAGGGCGCCAAAACAUGAUAUAGCCUGGAAGCCCUGCGGCUGCCUUACUCUGACCAUUGUAUCUUCUUGGUAUUCAGCUAUUCAUCCAUCAAGCUUUUUUGUUACGCCAUCAACAGGGAACCAAGGCCAUGAUGGAUUUCGUACGCAGGAACGAUGCUCUUGAUCUCAACACCAAUACCGUCAACGGUAGGACGGCUGAUAUCGCCAUCACCACUCAUGGCUCAGAUUUCUACUUUGCCAUCUGCGCCGUCAUGGGCUUCGCUGGAUUCGCGUUUGUAAUCCUCGGCCAGCGCAAGGCGCGUCGCGACCGUCUAUUCCACUACUUGACUGCUGCGGUAGUCUUCGUUGCCGCCAUUGCUUACUUUACCAUGGGUUCCAACUUGGGCUUCACCCCCAUCCGCGUCGAGUUCUUCAGGGACGACUCCGUGGUCCGUGGAACCUACCGUGCCGUCUACUAUGCUCGAUACAUUGAUUGGUUCAUCACAACUCCUCUCUUGUUGCUCGAUCUAUUGUUGACCGCGGGCACACCUUGGCCCACCACGAUGUUCGUCAUUGCUGUUGAUGAGAUCAUGAUUAUCACUGGACUCAUUGGUGCCCUUAUCGACAACCGCUACAAGUGGGCGUACUUUGUCUUUGGCUGCGUCGCUCUCUUCUACAUCGUCUACCACCUUGUUUGGGAAUCUCGCCUACAAGCUAAGAAGUUUGGCCGCGAUGUUGAGAGGUGCUUCCUCAUGUGCGGAAGUUUGACUGCUUUCCUCUGGCUCCUGUACCCAAUUGCUUGGGGUGUCUGCGAGGGCGCUAACCUUGUUGCUCCCGACAGUGAGGCCGUAUUCUACGGUGUACUUGACUUUUUGGCCAAGCCCAUCUUUGGUGCUCUUCUCUUGUGGGGCCACAGGGACAUUGACCCUGCUCGUCUUGGUCUUGCUAUCAGGGAUUACGAUGGUGAUGCCGUUGUACACGAGAAGGUUAAGCCUGCUCAAAACCAUAGCGCCGCACCCCCAGUCGAUGCCACCGUCUAGGCUAUAUCGAGAACAACUCACAAGCCUCAUAAAAUGAAUGGAAGGAGAAUGUAUUGUGGAAGUAGUAAUGAUGUAAUAUGGUAAUGCAGAGGCAUGUUGUUGAUGUGGUCGGCAAACCCCAGACUGGGGGAAGGAAGUCGUCGAUUUGAGGCUUUUAUGACUUGAUGCUUAAUAUACCCAUUGGUCCUUCUUUAGUCUAAUACCACUCACUCUAAGUAAUCACGCUAUCAGCGUUGGAAAUCUACUCUGAGCGUUGAAA